CGAGUGCUCCUCGGCGUACCUCGUUCGUCUCGGCCACAGCGGCCACGGCACCGUAAGGUCCGGUGUCCACCGCGGGCUCCGCGGCCCGGGUCCUCCUCAUCAGCUCAUUUUCUACUCGAGGGCCGUCUAGUCUGGGGCAGAUAGACGUUUGAAGUGGUGGUGGGGGGAAUGACUAGAGGAUCCUCCGGCAGGGGUGCCAGCCCGACAACCGGGAAGUCCCUCCGGCCUGCGCUGCCCGGCCGGCUCGGACAAUCCAUGCUUCCCUCCAGCAGCAGUUUUCGACGGUUUCCUCAAUGAUGUUCGCUGUCGAACAGAAGGCGUUGCACCCGGCUGGCUACGGCGGCAUGCGGGGGGACCCGCGCGGGAAACAUUCCGAUGUUCGUCGGAGGUUGGCACGCCUGCCACUAAUGGACACUGACACUCCGACACUGAUAGCAGACGGCUCCGUCGUGGUGCCUCCUCGAGGCACAUCACCGUCGUAACUUGUCGGCAGCGCUUGGUUAAGUCUGUCGCAAAGUUAUGUUGCACUCGUAAUUUGUCAAGUUGCCGUUCUGACACGCGGCCCAUUUCUUCCCAAAUUUGAAACGUAGUGAGAAACAGCCCCAACAUGCAUCCAGGUAUUCCCAUAGCCGGUGUUUUCAUCGGCUGCGGCAUCAACGUAGUCUUCCUGGAACUCCUUGUCAAGCAGGAUCCAGGAAGCGGAAACCUUGUUACAUUCACCAGUUUUUUCUCAAUUGCAUUGAUUGGAUUUGCUUUUACUGCCAAAUUUGGAACCGUCAAGCCAAAGAUAGGAUUAAGGGAUUACUUCAUUUUGGUGCUCAUGUUCUUUGCAUCAAGUCUCUGCAACAAUUAUGCAUUCAACUUUAACAUACCCAUGCCUCUACAUAUGAUAUUCCGAGCUGGGUCUUUGAUUGCCAAUAUGAUAAUGGGCAUUAUCAUAUUGAAAAAGAAGUACACUCUCUCUAAGUACCUGUCUGUGGCCAUGAUCUCAUUGGGUAUUGUUAUUUGUACCAUUAUGUCAAGUACAGAAGUGAAAUCAACGGUGCCCCCACCUAAAGAUGGAUCUCCUAUUGUUCCCACUACUCCUUAUGAAGAUAUGUUCUGGUGGACUUUAGGAAUUAUUCUCCUCACUGUGGCCUUGUUCAUUUCUGCAAGAAUGGGUAUCUAUCAAGAAGUUUUGUUUGCAAGAUAUGGAAAGCAUUCUCAGGAAGCAUUGCUUUACACGCACCUUUUGCCACUUCCUCUAUUUCUCCUGCUUGGUGGCAAUCUCUGGGAACAUAUGUCAAUGGCAAUAGAUUCAGACCCUUAUGAGAUAACAGGUCUUGGUUUUACAAUUCCAAUCAUGGUACUGUAUCUCAUUGGUAAUGUGGUUUCACAGUACUUGUGCAUCAGCUCAGUUUACAGGUUGACCACAGAGUGUUCUUCACUAACAGUUACAUUAGUGCUUACCCUGCGUAAAUUUGGGUCUCUGGUAUUCUCAUUAGUAUAUUUCAAAAAUCCAUUUACUGUAGCCCAUUGGAUUGGUACCAUUCUUGUCUUCCUUGGUACUUUGAUAUUUACUGAAGUUCCUCAAAAGGCGCUGGGUGCUUUAUCACCUGCUGAGGGGAAGAAAGAAAAGGAGGUCAAAGAAAAGGCCAAACAAAAGAAGAAAAACUAAUGUCAAUUCUACUUCAAUUUUUAAUUUAUAUCAAUCAUUCUUCAUGUAUGUGGCUACUGUUCAUUGUUUUUGCCACUUCAUGUUGAAGAAGGUAAACUAAGUGGAGACUCAGGAUAGCUAAUCUAUUCACCAAAGAAAUGCUCCAACAACAAUGAGAACCCACAGUAUUCUAUUUUAAAUAGUGCAAUAUUUUAGUGUUUGAAAAAUUUGCAGUACUGCAGUACUGCUCUUUUGUUUGUUGUCACAGAUUUUAUGAUUGAUAUGGAUAGAGCAGCAAUGCUGUAACAGUAGGGCUAGUAUUCUUUCCGUAGCAAUUAACAAAAUAUGGUACAAAAAUGUUUUUAUAAGAUUUUUAGUGACUGUGUUAUAUUUGUACUUUUUGUGUGCUUUUUGAUCAUUUUUAGCCCCCCUUCCAAUCAAAAAUAUGGGGAGGACGUAUGGGUAUGCCUUCACUGUCCAAGAAGCACCCAAAAAUUAUUUUUACUUACAAAACUAUGUUUGGAUGUUUAUGAAAUGUUUUAACCCGAAGGUUCCACUGCCUCGAGUGGAGUGCAAUAAAGAACCAGCUGACCGCGUAGAA